GCAGUUGGUAGUGCUGCUGCUGUUAUUGCUCUUUGCUUCUGGUCGACUGGGGCUAGCGAGUGACUCUAUCCUAUGAAUGGUCCCCCAAAGCAGAUAACUAGGUGUUCUCUGUGAAUUUUAACAUCGAAACCCCACAUGCACCCAACAAGCAUCUCUCUCCUUUUUAUUUGCAUUUGAAAGCCCCCCUCCGCCCGUUGGAUGAGAACAUUGCGUUCGGAUAUAGAGCCACUUAGCAGGCCGUAUUGCCAUUGCUUUGUAAGGCUGCUGGCUAGCCACCGUCUUCUCCAGCUAGCAAAACUGUUCGAUCCAAGCAACACGGAGCAGCAAGAUGAAGAAAAAAGCUCGGCAGCACCGGGUUGCGGUGCCGCAGAGGCCGCCAUCUCCCAUCAAACCUUCACCCAACAAACAAAUCUUGACUUACGCCCAGGCGCAGCGAAUGGUGGAGUUCGAUAUCGACGGCCGCAUUCAUCGGAUCAGCAUUUAUGACAAGCUGGACGUGAUCUCGGACGAUGACCCUGCAGUGCAAGAGAUGAUGGAGUGCACCAGCAAUAAGGAGAACGCGGAGAAACCCCAGCAGCAGGUGCUCCUGAGAUCUGUCAGACUAAAAAACAACCAGGAGAAGAGAAAUGCUGCACUGGGGAUCACUGGUCAUGGAGAGGGUGUGGGGCAUAAUGCAGGAGCUAAUGCCGGCCCAAAGCUUCCAGAACCUAAAUUUCGUAUAGUAGAAUAUAAUCUCCCUGCAGUUCCUAAACGUCAAGCUACAUAUUAUAAAUUUACAGAGAAGACAGAGGAAGAGCUGGAUGAGGAAACAGAGUAUGAUAUGGAUGAGGAAGACUAUGCAUGGUUGGAUUUGGUCAACGACAAAAGGAGGAGCGAAGGAGUCGGUCCAAUAUCUCAUAAUGUUUUUGAGUUUCUUAUCGAUCGCUUUGAGAAAGAAUUGCACCUGGAGAGUCUCGAUCAAUGCAGUGAAAAGCAUAGUCCUGUUGACGAGGACGCUGUCUGCUGCAUAUGCAUGGAUGGAGAGUGUCACAACAGCAAUGCUAUCUUAUUUUGUGAUAUGUGCAAUGUGGCUGUGCACCAGGAAUGUUACGGUGUUCCAUACAUUCCUGAGGGCCAGUGGCUCUGCAGACACUGCCUCCAGUCACCCACCCAACCUGUAGACUGCAUACUUUGUCCCAAUCAGGGUGGAGCAGUGAAACAGACAGAUGAUGACCGGUGGGGCCAUGUAGUGUGCGCCCUCUGGGUACCUGAGGUUGGCUUCUCAAACACCACCUUUAUAGAGCCCAUCGAUGGUGUCAGCCACAUUCCCCAAGCCCGCUGGAAGCUCACCUGUUACCUCUGUAAAGAGAAAGGUGUUGGGGCAUGCAUACAGUGCCACAAAGCCAACUGUUACACCGCCUUCCAUGUCAGCUGUGCCCAAAAGGCUGGCCUUUUCAUGAAGAUGGAGCCGAUCAAAGAAGUAACAGACUCAGGAGAUUCCAUAUACUCUGUAAAAAAGACAGCCUACUGUGGAGCCCAUACACCUAAUGGGUGUGUAAGGAGGCCGCUCACAAUCUAUGAUGGCGCCAAACCCAAAAAUGGACUGUGUAAAAAAGGGGGAGCUGCUGGUCAGUACAAAGGAAAGCAGAAGAAGAAGAGUAAGAGUAAGAAGCCAGAGCCUGAACCUGAAAGUGAAGAUGCAACCCAUGCUACAGUGCCUAGUUUUCCUGCUCACAGGUUACAAACCAUUCUGAACCAGGUGUCAGUGCAGAAGAAAAAAGCGUUUGUGGAGCUGGUCCUAAAUUACUGGACACUGAAGAGGCAGUCAAGGAAUGGGCUUCCCCUCAUCAGACGCCUUCAGACAAGCCUGCAGACCCAGAAGAAUCCACAAGCGGUUUGUUUGUCUAAACAGAACGAGGAGGAGACUAGGGCACUGAAGGAGCAGCUGAAGGAAUGGCAUCGUCUCCGUCAUGACCUGGAGAGAGCCAGACUGCUGUUGGAGCUGAUCCGCAAGAGGGAGAAAAUAAAGAGAGAAGAGAUCAAACAGCAGGAAACCCUCCUGGAGAUGCAGCUGACUCCCUUCAGUAUUUUGCUACGAGCUCUCUUGGACCAGAUCCAGUCAAAAGACCAGGCCAGGAUUUUUGCUCAGCCAGUCGAUGUCAAUGAGGUGCCCGACUACCUCGACCACAUCAAGCAUCCAAUGGACUUCUCCACCAUGCGACAGCGCAUCGACGCACAGGGCUACAACAACUUGGACCAAUUUGAGACCGACUUUAAUCUCAUUGUUGAUAAUUGCAUGAAAUAUAACUCUAAAGACACUUACUUUUACCGUGCUGCUGUUCGCCUCAGAGACCAGGGUGGGGCUCUUCUAAGAAAGGCUCGAAAAGAUGUGGGAAAAAUUGGCUUUGACUCUGAGAGCGGCAUGCAUCUGUCAGAAGCUCCUGAAAUCAAGGAAACGCCAGCGUUUUCCUGGGAAGAUGUUGACCGCCUACUAGUGCCAGCCAAUCGGGAGCAUCUGCCUCUGGACAAGCAGCUACAGCAGCUCCUGGAGAAGUUUGACCUGACCUGUGCCAUGAAGUCAAGCCCCUCGCGCAGCAAGCGCCUUAAGCUGCUCAAGAAGACCAUCAACGAUGUGCGCAGUGAAAUGAGCUUGAAGAAAGUCCAUCCUUGUCAUCAUCACCGUUCUUCCACUCCAUCUUUUUCCACAUCAGCAUCAUCUUCACAAGCUGCCUCGCACUCAGAGAAAAGUAAGGAAGAAAGACCCAAGGCUAAUGGACAUUAUCCAGAUGAUGAGGCAGACAAAUCUCUUCCUCCUAAAUUGGAGCUUUCAGACUCUAUCCCUCCCCUCAUCCACUCAGACAUGGACCCCGAGCCCCCCACCCUAAAACCGAUUGAUGCCGUCUCAGACUGCGAUGACAAGACUCACAGCAAGAGUGCCAAAUUUGAUGAGGAGCUACCAGACCUCCUUUCCUCUUAUACCCGCCUCAAUGGCUUCUCCCACGACAGUCUCCAGGACUCCCUACUGGACGGAGACAUGAGUGUGGUGGCCACAUCGACCCUCGCCGAGCCCGCGGGUACAGUUAACCGUCGCACCGCUGUACUUUUCCGCAAAUCAAAGACCACAAGUCCUCUCAAGCCCGCGAGGGCUGAAGACAACGGAGCCGAUGAAGUCGACGGAAAAGAGGGCAAGGAGGAGGAGGAGGAGGAUGAAGAUGGCGCGCAGCUGGGCUCCAAAUCUUUUCUGUCAGUGGUCAUACCGCGGCUGGAGACUCUUCUUCACAGCAAGAAGAGGAAGCACAGUGACAGCGAGGAGGAGAGAGGAGGCGGAGAGCAUGAAGAGGAGGGGGAAUCCCCUGUGAAACGGCUUGACACUGGCUUGCCGAGUGGUUUUCUGGAGAUGGAAGAGGAGAAGGAAGUCGAACACCCCAGCAGAGGCAGUAGACCUGUGGAGCCUCGAAGACGCUGCGCCUCUGAGUCUUCCAUCUCAUCAUGUAGCAGUCUGCAAGGAAGCACCAGCACUAUCCUCAGUCUUCCAAAAUGUGGAAAGGGGAAACCCGCCCUGGUCCGGAGAAAUACUGUGGACGAUAAGAGCGAAUUAAUCGCCUGUAUCGAAACGGGGAAUUUUGCAAAAGCGGCAAGAAUUGCUGCUGAGGUUGGCAACAGCAAUAUUUGGAUGCCCGCUAGUGCUGCAACAGUUGCAUUGGAACCACUAAAGCUAGUUUGGGCCAAAUGUAGUGGAUACCCUUCCUACCCUGCCUUGAUCAUCGACCCCCACAUGCCGCGCAUGGGCUGCCAGCACAACGGGGUAUCCAUCCCCAUACCCCCCAUGGACGUGCUCCGCAUCGGAGAGCAGAUGCAGUACAAAGCCGAAGAGAAGCUCUACCUCGUUCUCUUCUUCGACAACAAGCGCAGCUGGCAGUGGCUUCCUAGAUCCAAGAUGGUUCCCCUGGGAAUGGACAAGACCAUCGACAAAAUCAAAAUGAUGGAAGGACGCACAUCCAGCAUUCGUAAGGCUGUCCAGAUCGCCUUCAGCCGGGCCAUGAACCACCUGAGCAUCGUGCAGGAUGAGCCAGUCAGCGACCUCAGCGACGUGGACUGAUGCUGACUCCCUCCCCUCGCACACACACAAACUCAUACCUCUCCUCUACCAAAUACCUUCCUCCCGUGCUCUGUUUUGUCUCUCAGAUGUUUACUGGGCACCUGCAGUAACAGGUGGCGUCUCUUCCUCAUCCAUUCCUCCCUGUUCACACUCCCACCCUGUGCCGAUGGGAUACGGCUGCUGCUGAAAUGAAUGUGUCGAACUCUUCUUUCCAUUUCUGGGCUUGUAACUAUGUCUAGAGACUGCUCUUUUUAUCCACCUCUGAAUCAUGACUUUGAUUUUCUUUUAUCAUGUCGAGGUGAAAAGCAAGCAAUUAUGUUCUUUUGUGCAGGUAAUUGUACCAAAUGCUUUGGCGUUUUUUCAACCUGGUCCAUUAUUUGACAAUAAGUCAGUCAUCAUUUCUGUGUAAGGCUAUUAAAAGAAGCAUUUAGUAGCUGAAAUGGGGAAAAAAAUCAGACUUUUUCUGCCUACAAGGCUUUUUUGUUAUACUGAAUCCAUUGUAGCCAAAGUGUCAUAUUUUCUAUUGGUCCUCUCCAUUUGCAGAAAAAACCUCCUUUGUAUUUAAACUGUAAAUAAGUCUGUACAGUUGCCUGACACUAACUUAUUUGUAGUUUUUACAUUAAUGGGUACUGUACAGGAGGUUUUUUUUUUUGUAUUUAUACUUGACACAUUCUUGGCACUAAAGCUGAAGUGCUGUUUGAUCAAGAAGGAUAAAAAAAGUGCAAAGCCUUAGUUUUCAGGCGAUUAGGGCUAACGUCAUGUUUCUAAAAGGGGGAAAAUGCCCCUGUUUUUAAGUUAUUGAAGUUUAUAAUCGUAAGCUUCCAUCUGGCAUCAAUCCAUUUUGUAUUAAAAGUGUUUUUUGGUAUAUUAUUUUCAUAUAUAUAUUUAUAUGGUUUGAAUACAUGGUAAUACAGUAUGUAUGUCUCUGAAACUCAUACAGGCAGACUGAUGUUUGUUGACACAGAACGAAUAUUGUUCUCAAGAAACCAAAAAUGUUGCUACCCAGAUGUUUUUCCCCAGAUUUCCUGUGUGACGUGUGAAAUUGUUGCCAAAAAAAGGAAAAAAAGUAAAGUGUAUUUUUUAUGUGAAGCAUUUGACUGUUACUUGGUUUUGCUGUAGUCCUAGGGAGGCGUGCCAGCAUUAACUUAUUGUAAAGUACCUGCUUACUUUAUAUUCAAGGAACUGAUUGUGGUAAAGUGGCACAUUUCGUGGUGAUACUCGCCUUCUUUUUAAGUAACUUUUUCUAACUUUUUUUUGUAGUAUUAGACUCCAAAACAUUUCAUUUUGUACUAUGUUUUUUUCUGGGUAGCAUUGAAUAGUUUUUGGUAUUUUUUUUUUGUACUUAACUGUUGUAGUUUUUUAAUCAGGUCAUACAAAAUAUUGCUGGGACUGUUUUUGUAGUAAAGCAAAAA